AUGAAGAUCCUAUCGUGGAACUGUCGUGGGCUUGGGAACCUACAAACAGUACGGGUUUUGAAAAAACUCAUCCACUCCAAAGAUCCCGACGUGGUGUUCCUUAUGGAGACUAAGUUGUAUACAUCAGAGGCUCUUCAACAUAUAGGGCGAGGGAAUUCUAGAGCAGGUGGCUUAUGCCUAUGGUGGCGCAGUGAUCUUCAAUUGGAAAUUAUUAAUGCAUCAUUGCAUCAUAUUUUGUGCACUAUUUUGCACCCUGACGAGGCAAUCCCUAUGACAAUGGUUGGCCUUUAUGGUCAUCCGGAGGAGGGUAGGAAAAUAGAGACAUGGAACCUUAUAAAAAAUUUGAUGCCCCAGGACCCGAGGGCCUGUGUGGUGAUCGGAGACUUUAAUGAUAUCCUCUCCCCCUUUGAUAAAUUGGGUGGGGACCCUCCCGACUUGGGACAUAUUCAGUGGGUUAAUCAGAUGUGUGGAGACUGUGGCUUGUUUGAGGUGGAGUUCUCAGGGAAGCGGUUCACUUGGUCUAAUAAUCGAACCGCUCCGGGAACUAUUGAAGAGAGGCAUGAUUUAGCUUUGGUUAAUGAUGAAUGGACUGCACUUUGGCCAGCCACAACUAUUGUACAUUUCCAGCGGCGCCAGUCCGACCAUAGCCCCAUCUUAUUAACGUGUGGUACCAGUAGAGGGCGAAAAGAACUCAAACGAACGCGUAUGUUCCGAUUUGAGGAGUUAUGGCUUCAGGAGGGAGUUGAGUGUGCAGAGGUUGUAACUGAAUCAUGGUGCACUGGGGGAACAUAUUUUCUUGCCAGAAUAGCAGCUGUAAGUAGUGCUCUUGAUGGUUGGGGCAGAUCCAAGUUUGGAAACCUACCCAGGAAAAUAGCUGAUCAGCAAGCCUUGUUGCAAAACCUUCAGGAAAAAAUCCAAACAGAGCAAGUGAGGUUGGCAACUAGUGAGGCAUCAAAAGAGUUAGACAACUUGUUGGAGCAGGAGGAGAUCUGGUGGGGUCAGCGGUCAAGAGCCACAUGGCUGAAACAUGGGGACAAAAACUCAAAAUUUUUCCAUCAGAAAGCGUCCCAAAGGCGUAAGAGGAAUAUGAUUGAACAACUCAGAGAUGACCGAGGAAGGAAAUUUGAAGAAGAUAAGGAUAUUUCUAGGGUCCUUAUGGACUAUUUUACUAACCUUUUUGCCACUUCACAUCCUUCGGGGGUGGAGGAGGUAACUUCUUUGGUUGCAGGUCGUCUUUCUACAGCUCACUUGACCAUUCUCAGUGAGCCUUUCAGUAAGGAGGAGGUAGAGGAGGCGCUAUUCCAAAUGCACCCAACAAAAGCGCCAGGUAUUAUUAACCAUACUUUGCUGGUUCUUAUCCCUAAGAUUAAAAAGGCUGAGCAUGCGAAUCAAUAUAGACCUAUCAGUUUAUGCAAUGUUAUUUUUAAGAUUGUCACUAAGACAAUUGCAAAUAGGCUAAAAUUGAUUCUGCCGGAUCUUAUUAGUGAAAAUCAAAGUGCGUUUGUCCCAGGGCGUUUAAUAACUGAUAAUGCAUUGAUUGCUUAUGAAUGUUUUCACUAUAUGAAGAAGAAAAUUACUGGCCGCAAUGGCACUAUGGCGCUAAAAUUGGACAUGUCCAAAGCGUAUGACCGUAUUGAAUGGUCCUUUCUUGAGGCAGUUUUAAAACAGAUGGGUUUUCCUGCGAGCUGGGUAAGUCUUAUUAUGAAAUGUGUGACAUCAGUGUCUUUUUCUAUCAUGUUAAACGGAAACCCUCAGCCUACGUUUGAGCCACACAGGGGACUUAGACAAGGGGACCCUCUAUCUCCUUAUUUAUUUAUCCUGUGUGGGGAGGUGUUCUCUGCUCUAAUUGAAAAAUCUAUUCUUUCAUCUGACCUUACUGGCCUUAAAAUUAGUAGGCAUGCUCAUGCCAUUUCUCAUUUGCUUUUUGCAGAUGACAGUGUCUUGUUUGCUCGAGCAAGAGUUGAGGAGGCCCUGUGCCUGAAAAAAAUCCUCACCAUCUAUGAGAGAGCUUCUGGCCAGAUGAUUAACCUUGAUAAAUCUAUGCUUUCUAUAAGCCGAAAUGUUCCUGAUAAUUGUUUUCAUGAGCUUAAGCAGCUGUUGAAUGUAAAGGCGGUGGAAAGCUAUGACAAGUAUUUGGGAUUACCGACCAUCUUUGGUAAGUCUAAAUCCCGAAUCUUUCAUUUUGUCAAGGAUAGAGUUUGGAAAAACCUUAAAGGAUGGAAAGAGAAAUUUUUAUCACGAGCAGGGAGGGAAGUUUUGAUUAAAUCUGUAGUGCAAGCGAUACCUUCUUAUGUCAUGUCUUGCUUUAUUUUACCUGAUGAUUUAUGUGCAGAUAUUGACCGCAUGGUCUCAAAAUUCUUCUGGGGCGGAGAUCCGUCUAGACAAGGCCUACAUUGGACUAAGUGGGAGACCCUAUGCAAGAGUAAAACAGAUGGUGGCUUGGGAUUUAGAGACUUUAAACCUUUCAAUUUGGCCUUGGUGGAAAAAAAUUGGUGGCGUAUUUAUACGAAACCAGAGAGCCUUUUGGCGCGUAUUUUCAAGGCGGUCUAUUUUAAUAAUUGUGAUUUGAGGUUGGCUAAAAAGGGUUUUCGCCCUAGCUAUGCAUGGUCUAGUAUCAUGAAAAUCAGUUGGAUUUUUGAGAGUGGGGGUAUGUGGAGGAUUGGGGAUGGAACCAAAGUAAAUUUAUGGACUGAUAAAUGGUUUCCUAGUGGGUCCUCCCCUAUCUAUAGGCAAGACCUUGCUGUAGAACUAGCUCUAUCUAAGGUGGCCAAUUUAAUUAACCACGAGCAACACAGCUGGAAGAGGGACUUGAUAGAACAUGUUUUCAGUCCGAGCACAGCUGAGGAAAUUAUUUCAAUCCCUUUGAGCAUAAAUGGUGGCCCGGAUGUGCUGUUUUGGCCCACAGAUUCGAGAGGUCAAUACACUUCCAAGGCAGGUUACAACUUCCUAAUGAACCAAGCGUCCCGUGCAGCUCCUUCAUCAUCCUCAUCUGUCUUGUUCACAGCGGGGUUCUGGAAAGGCUUCUGGGCAUCCACGACCUUACCACGAUGCAAGGAAGUGAGUUGGAGAGCGGUUUCUGGUUAUCUUCCUUUGAGGGCGAAGCUGUUUCGGUGCCAUGUCGAUGUCGACCCAGGCUGCAAUAUGUGUGCUGAAGAGAAUGAGACAGAGGAGCACCUUUUUAUGCAUUGUCCAGCGGCUCGUCAGGUCUGGUUUGCAUCCCCUUUGUCUCUCCGCGUGGAUAAUUUUCUUACGUUUGCAGAUUUUUGGAGACACAUUCAUGAGCUUCAUGAUAGUGAAGCGAUGGCUCUAGUCCAGACAACUAUAUACAUGAUGUGGGAGGCCCGCAAUCACCACCAGUUCCGGCAACGACCUUCUUCAACGGAGCUCAUCCUCCGGCGAGUAGCUAGUGUGCAGGCGGAGGUGCGUGUUGGUGCAUCAACUCCAGCUACGAUUGAGAGAAAUGUGGCUUGGCGUGGACCUGCUCGUGGCACUUAUAAGUGCAAUUUUGAUGCUUCAUUCGUUGAUGGGGGAGUAGCCGGUUUGGGUAUGGUGGUUCGUAAUCACAGAGGUGAGGUGAUGGCCUCCGCGUGCUCCUAUCCAGUUCAUGUUACCACUCCUCUUCUGGCUAAAGCAAUGGCCAUGAGGUGGUCCUUACAGCUUGCUGUUGAUUUGGGUUUCCGACGGAUUUCUCUGGAGACAGAUUGCCUGCAGACUAAACCCAAUCUCUAUUUCUAA